AUGAGCCACAGUGGAGAAGAAGAAUCAACUGUGGUGUCUAUUCCUAAUAGUAGCAGUAAUGAAACUACUCCUUUAAUUGCCAAGCAACAACAGCAACAACAACAACAACAUAAUAGAAAAAGAGAAUUGCUUGGAUUACUGUACAUGACUCUUUCUGCUCUUGGCUUUUCUACCAUGUCACUAUUUGUUAAAUUAAGUGGAUCAAGCUUUCCUUCAUUUGAAAUCGUCUUUGCUAGAUCUAUUGUUCAAGCAGUGCUUGGCUUAUUGAUCUGCAUAGUGUUAAAAAUAGACCCUUUGGGUAACAAAAACAUUCGUGGGUGGCUGUUUUUGAGAGGUUUUGCAGGAACUGUGGGUCUCAGCUUAUUCUAUUUUAGUAUCACACAGCUACCGUUGGCCGAUGCAACAGUUGUCUUUUUCUUGGGGCCAUCAUUCACUGCUAUUUUAGCUGCCAUUGUUCUCGGAGAAGCCUUUACGCUGUUUGACGGUAUCUGUUCUGUGGCAUGUCUUGCAGGCGUUGUUUUGGUAUCAAAGCCUCAAUUCUUAUUUGGCGGUGAUGACAAGGAAAGCAAGGAUGUGAGUGAAUGGGCCAGACUUUUUGCUAUCUUUUGUGCUCUUCUUGGUGCAGUUAUGUCUGCUAUUGCUUACGUUACUGUUCGCAAGAUUGGAAAAGGCGCGCAUUUUAUGGUACACGUUGUUUAUUUUGGGGCUAUUUCUUCCGUCUUUAGCUUGGUGGGCAUGUUUGUCUUUCAAAAACCAGUGGCUCCCCAUGGCAUGUAUGAAUACAAUAUGUUAUUGCUUGUAGGUAUUACUGCUUUUAUUGGUCAAUGCUUCUUGAAUCAAGGAUUACAAAUGGCUCCUGCUGGUCCAGGCACGCUUAUGCGUAUGAAUGAUGUCGUAUUCGCGUUUAUAUUCGGAAUAUUCAUAUUACACGAGUAUCCAGAUAUGUACAGUAUCUCUGGUGCAGCAAUCAUUGUAUUAAUGACUUCAGCAAUGGGAAUCCAUAAAGUGUAUUCACACUCGAAACAAAAAUAA